UGGCGGGGAGAGACUUCCGGACCCUGCUUCUAGCAGUAUCCUGUUUGUGGACACUAAUCGGGGACAUUGUAUUGUGUUCUACUGAGGAGGAGCAACUGAUCCAUAAACUGUUAGGCCACACCUACAAUAAACUAGUGCGACCACGCGGCGAGGGCAUCAACGGGACACUUAAAGUGAAAAUAGGCAUGAGGUUAUCACAGCUGUUGAAUAUUGACGAGAAAAACCAGAUUAUGAAGACGAGUGUGUGGUUACAUCAGGAGUGGUUCGAUAAACGUCUGAUAUGGAACCCCCAGGACUUUGGGGGGAUUAAUAUGACCCAGAUACCAUCUACUGAUCUUUGGAAGCCUGACAUAGUAUUAUACAACAAUGCGGAUGGUGAUUUUAUCGUGACACAUAAAACAAAAGCCAAAGUUUAUAAUACAGGUAAAAUUGUGUGGGAACCGCCUGCUAUCUACAAGAGUUACUGCCCCAUAGAUGUGGAGUUCUUUCCCUUUGACAGACAGGAAUGUUUUAUGAAGUUUGGGUCCUGGACUUACGACAUGGAGCAGAUCGAUCUGGAACACAUUUGUGACGAGAAAGCUAUAACGUACAUUGUUGGCGACAAAGAAGAGCGGGUGAUCGACAGAGGGGUGGAUUUAAAAGACUUUUAUUUCAAUGUUCAGUGGGACAUCAUUAAUGUCACGGCUACGUGGCGGGAAAAGUCCUUUCCUUGCUGUGAUGUGUCCUAUCCUUUUAUAAUCUUUAACAUCACUCUCCGCCGACGUCCUAUGUUCUAUUCUCUCAACCUUAUUAUGCCCUGUCUCUCCAUUUCCGGUCUCACGGUCCUGGUCUUCUAUCUACCAUCCGACAGCGGGGAGAAGAUUACAUUGUCCAUCUCUAUACUCCUGGCUCUCACUGUGUUCUUUCUGCUACUCUCUGACAUUAAUCCGCCAACUUCCUUUGUUAUACCACUUAUCGGGAAAUACCUUCUUUUUACAAUGAUUCUUGUGACGUUAUCGAUAUUUUUAGCAGUCAGCUCCAUAAGAAUCACGAACCGGAAGCCUUCAACUCACAAUAUGAGUCCCUGGGUAAAGCGAGUAUUCACAGAUAUACUUCCGAGUAUUUUGAGAAUGAGAAGACCAGGAAGUAAGAAAAACAUCCCUUCUGUGAUAGGGGGUCUGAUUCAUUGUGUCAGGAAGGACUACCAUUGCUCUCUUCAUUUACUGACCCCAAAUGAUGAAAAUAAACCUAUUUCUGGUGAAUUCCUGGGAUACCCGAAACAUGUGCAGCGAGCUGUGAUCGGGGUUAAGUUUAUAGCUGACAACCUCAGGAAAAACGACGAAGUAAAAAUGGAAGAGUUGGACUGGAAAUAUAUCGCUAUGGUGGUGGACCGACUCUUUUUGUAUUUGUUCUCUGCAGCCUGCCUCUGUGGGACAUUGACUAUAUUUUUGUAUGCCCCUUCGUUACAUGACCCCCGGGACGAACUAACUCUUCAGGACAACACAGAGGAAUGUCUUUAUUGACGCAAUAAAACACUGGAUUUCAUCGCAUCAUGAUCAAAUAUGUUUUACUAGAAUUAGAGAAGAUCUUAUUCAAAUAAAAAAAUAAAUGCGCAUUUAACAUAACAAUAAUUAUA